AUGAAGCUUUCUCUCUCCGUCCUUGCCACGGCCCUUUUCUCCGGUGCCCUCGCCGCCCCCUCCAAGGAUCCCCGUCACGACAUCCAGACCGCGCACUUUAUCUUUCACGGUGUCGAAUCUGGUUCAUACCAUCUUACCGUCAAGGCAGACGGCAACGUUACCAAAAUCUACAACGAGCUCCCCAUCAAUACCAUCGAGAUCAACGACUACGACGCCAACUCCCAAUGCGUCUUCAAGGGUCUCGAUGGAACGAAAAUCGAGUCCAAGCUGCACAUAGAUACAGAGACGGGCGACCAGAGCCUUAUACUGCCUGAGGGCACACCCAUCGCCAGUGUCAGCUGUCAGGGCUUCUGCGUCUACAACUAUGCUGCCUGCUAUAGCAAUGGCCAGAUGGUCGGUCCUUGCUGCAACGGCCUCUGCGCUGCCAACCUGUGCAGACCGUGGAACGGUGUCUAG